UCCUCUGGCGCGCGCAACCUAACAUAACUUUAAUAUUCGACUGAAUAAAGUGUCGAAAUUUAGAGAGUUUAAGGAAAACGUAAUUAAACCACAACAAUGUCAAUAUUUCUUCAAGCUGUCAGUAGCAACAUACCAGAAAAGGACAAAUCGGAACUAACGGAGAGUGACCUGAAAAAAUGGGGACUUGGAGCUAUUAAUCUGAGGUCUUAUCAGGUGGAUGGAGUUAGGUGGCUGUCACAGUGCAUGGAGAUCCAGGAGGGCUGCAUCCUUGGUGAUGAGAUGGGUCUGGGCAAGACUUGUCAGACCAUCUCUUUGCUGGCAUAUGCUCGAGGAUGUCUUAAGAUGAACGGACCAUUCCUUGUGCUUUGUCCCUUAUCAGUUUUGGAGAACUGGAGACAAGAGUUGGAACGCUUCUGUCCCAGUCUUUCUGUGCUCUAUUACACUGGGGAUAAAGAGAGAAGGGCAGAGCUCCAGGUAGAGCUCAAGAAUGGCAAAAGCUUCCAUGUUCUUCUCACCACCUAUGAGAUGUGCCUCAAGGAUGCCAGAUUCCUGAAAAGCUGGAAAUGGAAGAUUUUAGUUGUUGAUGAGGCUCACAGGCUGAAGAACCAGGAAUCAUUGCUGCACCAAACCCUCAAACAGUUUACAGUGGGUUUUCGAGUGCUGUUGACAGGCACUCCCAUUCAGAAUAACUUGCAAGAAGUCUAUUCCCUCCUCACCUUCAUCCAGCCCAGUCUGUUUCUCCCUGAAGAUGUUGAGGACUUUGUUAGGGCCUAUACAGACGUACAGACUGAACCUGCCCUUGCUGAUGAGCUUCAUCGAGUGCUCCAGCCUUUUUUGUUACGCAGAGUUAAAGCAGAGGUGGCAGCUGAACUGCCCAAGAAGACAGAACUUGUUGUUUUUCAUGGGCUGUCUGCUCUUCAGAAGAGAUACUAUAAAGCCAUUCUGACGAGAGACCUAGAUGCCUUCAGGACAGAUCAAAGCACUAAGACACGACUUCUGAACAUUUUAAUGCAGCUCAGGAAAUGUGUGGACCAUCCCUACUUGUUUGAUGGUGUGGAACCAGAACCGUUUGAGAUGGGGGAGCAUUUAGUGAAGGCCAGUGGAAAGCUCUCUUUGUUGGACACAAUGCUGGCGUAUCUUCAGGAGGGGGGCCAUCGUGUUCUUCUGUUCUCUCAAAUGACCAGGAUGCUGGAUAUUCUGCAAGAUUACUUGGAGCACAGAGGUUACAGUUAUGAACGUCUGGAUGGUUCAGUCCGGGGAGAGGAACGUAACCUAGCUAUUAAAAACUUCAGCACCAAAGAUGUUUUUAUAUUCCUCCUCAGCACCAAAGCUGGAGGGGUAGGAAUGAACCUAACAGCAGCAGAUACUGUGCUAUUUGUGGACAGUGAUUUCAACCCACAGAAUGACCUACAGGCAGCAGCCAGAGCCCACAGGAUUGGCCAAACAAGGCCUGUUAAAGUGAUCCGGCUCCUCGGUAGAGACACUGUAGAAGAGAUCAUCUAUUCCCGCGCUGUGUCUAAACUACGUCUCACAGACACGGUGAUUGAGGGGGGACGUUUUUCUCUGCUGGACCAGGCUCAAUCCGCAGCUUCUGGCCUUCAGUUGAGUGAGAUCCUGAAGUUUGGUGUGGAUAAACUGCUGUCGUCAGAGGAGAGCUCUAUUCAAGAUGUGGACCUGAGGCUGAUCCUAGGGCAGUCUCGAGAUGGGCGAUGGCUAACGGAUGAAGAGCAUGUCAAGCUUAAUGAGAGUGAUAAAGAGGAAGAUGAGGACAUGGAGGGUCAAAACCACAUGUACUACUUUGAGGGGAAGGACUACUCUAAAGACCCCAGUACAGAGGAUGAGAAAACCUUUGAACUGUUACUUGAGAAGCAGUUAGUUGAUCUAGGGGAUGCUGGGAAGGAAGGCCGCGCACUUCGUAACAAAGCUGGGGUGUCCCUGACUGGACCCUUGAUUGACCCAGGGAGGAAGAAGAGACCUCUUACAGAAUCAGAGUUAGAACAGAGACGUCAGAAGAGACAAGAAGGUGCUGCAAAGAGGGCAAAGCUGCAGGAGGAAAGGAAGAAACAACAGGAAGAACUCAAUUACAAGAAGAGAAUGGCAUGGUGGGACUCGUGUGGCUACAGAUCGCUGUGCUUGCCAAGUGUCGACAGUGAGGGUGAGGAAAUGGAGUCUGAUGAAGAUGAUGAUGUCAGCUGGAGCUCCACUGAUUCGGAACACAGAGCCAUUCGCUAUGUGCUGGGUGAUGUAACUCGUCCUCAGACCGAUCGAGAAGAUGCCAUCAUUGUGCACUGUGUUGAUGACUCUGGAUACUGGGGCAGAGGAGGAUUGUUCACCGCACUGGAGCUCAGAUCAGAUGAGCCGAGGAAACAGUAUGAGUUGGCUGGUGACAUGAAAGACUUAGAACUUGGGAAUGUUCUGCUUUUUCCUAUUGAUGAUAAACAGUCAAGGCUCAGUGGAAGAGACUAUCUGGCACUCAUAGUUGCCCAGCAGAGGGAUAAAGCCAACAAGUUGUCAGGCAUUCGACUCACUGCCUUGGAUGAGGGCCUCAAGAAGAUAUACAGAGAUGCCAAACAAAAGAAGGCAAGUGUCCAUCUGCCUCGGAUUGGUCACUCCACUAAAGGCUUCAAUUGGUACGGUACAGAAAGACUCAUUCGUAAGCACCUGGCCACCAAAGGCAUCUCCACAUCUAUCUACUAUUACAGACGAGCCGCUUCACACUCUUCUACAGUUUCUUCCACCACAUGCACAGCUACUCCAUCAACCUCAGACCCUGCAGCAUCAGCCUCCUCCAGUCCUCUUGGUAACAACAAAACAAAAAUCUCCACUAUGUCACAUGAAAGUCAGGACACACCUGGAUUGGCUGACUUCAUGAGAGGUGUUCAUGUCUACUUCUACAACAUGGCUGCUACAGAAAAGAAGAAGCUCGCCCGCUACCUUAUCACAUAUGAUGGUGAUGAAGAGGAUCUCAUGAGCUCACACGUCACUCAUAUCAUAGGAGAGGUAGAAAGUCCUGUCCAUGCAAAGGAACUGCGAGAUCUAUUGCAUCAGUACCCUCAGGCUCUCCUUGUAAAGAAAAAGUGGCUGGAAUCCUGCUUUGCUAACCAAAGGAAAGUCGAUGUGUCUACAUAUGUAAUUAGGUUAAGUUGACAAAGCUCCUCCUGCAUUCCUUAGAAGUGACUGAUCAAAUCAGUUUGCCUUUGGCUAAUCUACAA